AUGGCGACCUUCAAGAAAUUCACGAGCGUGCUGAUGCUCGUUGCAGCCAUCAUGUUCAUGUACAUGGCCAACUCCGCAGAGGCAGUCAAGGGGCCCAAGAUCACCCACAAGGUCUACUUUGAUAUGCAACAGGGCGAUCAAGAGCUUGGAAGAAUCGUUCUGGGUCUCUAUGGCAAGACUGUACCCAAGACUGCUGAGAACUUCCGUGCCCUUGCUACUGGCGAAAAGGGCUUCGGCUACGAGGGUUCUGGUUUCCACCGCGUUAUCAAGGGCUUCAUGAUUCAGGGCGGCGACUUCACCAAGGGUGAUGGUACCGGUGGCAAGUCCAUCUACGGCGACCGCUUCGAGGACGAGAACUUCAAACUGAAGCACACCAAGAAAGGCUUGCUCAGCAUGGCCAACGCCGGCCGCGACACCAACGGUUCUCAGUUCUUCAUCACCACCGUCGUCACCUCCUGGCUCGAUGGCAAGCACGUCGUUUUCGGCGAGGUGCUGGAGGGCUACGACGUCGUUGAUAAGAUUGAGAACUGCGAAAAGGGCGCGGGAGAUAAGCCCAAGGUGGCUAUCAAGAUCAAGAAGAGCGGUGAACUGGAGGUCCCAGAAGAAGGUAUUCAUGUCGAACUCUAG